GGGCGCUAAUUCGAGAUUUUACGGUAAAUGUAAAUCUAUAAUGUAUUCUGCAGACGUUCUGUCGUAGGUUAGCACUCAAGCGAAAACAACACUUAAUGCUUGCAAAAUAACGUUUCAAAUAUACAAAAUGUCGCUUUCUCUAACGAGCAGUCUGUAGUUACACCAAACAUUAACAGCCAUGUUGGGUACCCUACACCUAAUCCUUCCCUUGUAGAUCCCUACCCCCACUACCACAACUUCCAGGUUUAGCGAAGAUAUCGGUGACGUCACCUACUACUGCAUAAAACUGUUUGCUGCUGAAACAAAGAGUUCUUUGUAGUGUUUGUAAUGUCUGUAACCAAAUAUCCUCCCUAUCACACCUCACUUUCAUUUUCAAUUUCCAUAUUGCUUACUUGGCAUGUACUUUUGCUAGUUCAAGUACAGAUAAAAGCUUCUGAUUUACUUCGAACAAGCCGAAGAUCACCUCGCUCUGUGUCCAAUGCUAUCUAUGAAAAUGGCGUCGGUAAAUUUCCGACCAUAUGUAUAUUUAGCUUUGUUGUUGUCGGUUUUCUGUCACACAGAGACUCUCAAGCCAUCGCAUCAUUACAACACGACCGUCGAUGGUCUCAACGAUGAAACUCGAUGUAGCUGGAAUUGUACAGACAUUGAUUCUUAUUUGAGGGAAGAAAUGAAGAAGAUAAUCGCCAAGAACAAAAUUAUUCGACUUGCUGUCAAGUACGAAGUGAUGGACAAAUGCGUAGACCAAACAUCUGGCAACUACAUUGAACACUUGCAAUUAUGGCGCGCGAAUAAACAGCCAUCAAUUUUUACGAAGGCAUUGGAAAGCGUCGUAAAUUUGAUGUCUCGUACCGAUUCAGUUGAAGAACACAAAGAAAUCACAGCCAUAUGUACCUUAACACCUGUAAACACGACAGCUACAGAGCCUACUGAUUACAAUGGUUCUUCUCCCAUAUUCUCUCGAAGUCAUCUUGCUGAUCUUGGAGUCAAAUUUAAUAGCAUCGACUGUAAUACAGAAACAACAGAGAAUUCACAACCUUGUAUCAACAUCAUCAAAUCAACUGGCAAUAAUAACAGUACUUUCAAAGGUCCAUUAAAACGCGAUGGAUGGCCGGAGAAAGUUUUAGUUUUGUUAAAUAUAGGAUUCUUGACGGUUUUCAGUUAUUUUUCCCCUGCUUUCCUUUGUCUUUUCUCGCCGACAGAGAUCACAGAAGACAAUGUUCAUCAGAUCGUUCUGGAUGGAGCAAGCCCAGUCAGCCUUCGAAGUCUGAUUGGGAACUAUUUCUUCUCAAAGGAAGAUACCAUCUGGCACAGAGUAAGAAUGUUUUUUCUACGAGCUGUUGUGCUUCCUUUACUAUACGUCGGUCCUGCAAUAUUUGCCAAAUACAGGCAGCAGAACAUGAAUCCAACUUUCAAUGUUUUCGGCAUGUCGCAUUUUUUGCAUCUAUUUAUGAUAGUGUCCUAUGUGUGUUAUUACAUUACGGCUUAUCGCACGUCAUUUACUUCCGCGGGGUCCUCCGGAGGGAGUGAUCCUUGCACUGUUUGCAAGCGCAUUAAAUCUAAGACCAUCAUCUGUCAAGGGAAUCUCCCCAAGCGUAUAAGAAAUCAUCUACGUAUCCAGCCAUUGAUUUUGGUGAAAUGUUCAAGGCUGUUUAUUCGACUUCUCUUGACUUAUUUUAAGAAGUGCUUUCUUCUGAUUCCUUAUACUUUUGAAUUUUCUUCCUUUUUCUUUCUCCGCUUAUUUUUGUUCAUUGUUUUGUUAUCCGCCAGCCCUGCAAUAACUACUAUACUUGUAAUAUACAUACUGCUGUUAAUUAGCCUUUCUCUAAUGAGAACAAUUCCCGUAACAAUCUUGGCUAGCAAUAGAAAAUGUGGGGUUAAUGUCUACUUCCGACAUAAUCGUUGUUUAUUGUUGUUGUCAAAUUCUGUGUUUUUUAUGAUCGCUAUGUUAGCAAGUCUGGGAUCAAUGUUGUUUUUGACGUUUGCUGGUUUUGGUGUUGCUAUUGCCAUUUCAUUAGCUUUUGUACUUCUGCUCUCUGAAGAAAUUCUUCCGUUUGUGGCUUGCUUUGUUCUUGUUUUGUAUUAUUUUUGGAGUAGCUACAGCUCUUUUACCAACAAAUACCAGGAUCUUGGCUUUGCUAUCUUUAAACAUUACAAGUCUUACAAGAAAUCGCAAGAUAUCCAAGUCGCAGACAUGACUUCAAACACAGAUUCCACACAAAAUGCUGUUGGCAACCAAGACAAUGUGAUGAAAAUCCCCAAGGAGCUUUUCCACAUGGCAUGCGAAGAACUAAUGCCUAUCAGAGAAAGUGUCUGUGUACUGCUUUUGAAGAUCGUUGCCAUUUACAUGGAUGGAAGAAGGCAGAAAAACAUUGAAGCUAUGACUGCUGACGAGAAGAUUCCCUUAAUUGUCCAGGAGUACAUUGAAGGAAUUUCCGCAGUUAACCAAGGACAGGAAAACAGUGGGGUAGAUGUCGAUGAAGUGAUGUUACAAAAUGUGAAUGAAGAGAGCUUCGAGUUGGCAAUCACGUAAUGCUUGUAACCGUUAUCAUGACUUUUACUCUAUACUCCAACUUGGAAGGAUCAUAUCCAGUCUACAUAUAUAAACUCACUCUUGGCCCGAAUCCUAAAAGAACACUUAAUACUGACCAUGAGUCUUUGUGACUUGAUGUUACUUUGCUUUAGUACGUUAUUAUCAUGUUACUCUCGUGAUCUGACCUGUCUGCAGUCCGGUUCGUUGAACAUCAAUAGUCCUGCAUGACGUAAUUGAGUUGCAAUUGCGAGACUUUCAAAAGAUAAACUUUGAGCGAGAAAUCAUUGCUUGGAGCUCGGAAUAGAACGAAAGAGGAUUUUGAAACGGCAAUGUUCAUGUCAAUAUGACUAUUUUAAGACUGAUACCGAAGAAACUUUAGGCCUUUAGGCCUUAUUUUCAAGU